AUGCCUGAGCUGCAGAUGGAUGUUGCUGUUGCCAACAGGUUUAUCUCAAGCCUCAGUAAAUCUCUUCAAGCUUUAUGCCACGGCUGCAUGGACUUUGAUAGUGGCAUCGAAAUUGUCGCAAGCGGAAGCCCUGUUGUUUCAAGAAAUAUACACUCUCACAGACCUAGGAAGGAUGUUUUUGUGGUGUAUCCAGAAUCUUGUGACAUGUCAGCCUCAGGCUCAAACUUUCAAGGGAAUGCUUUCUAUGGAAAUUCUCAUCAGGUUUCCAACAUGCCAUGCCCAUAUUGUCAGGAAAGUCUGCCAUCCCGCAUACUGUUUCAGAAGCACAUGAAUAACUUUCAUCGUGAGGAGUUUGUCUUCCCGUUCAAUUGCACAAUGUGUCAGAAAGGUUUCUUCUCUCUACCUGGCCUUCGGCACCACAUGGAAGCACACAAGGGCAGGCAGUUUGUUUGUGUGGUGUGCGAUGCCAGGUUUCAUCAUAAGCAUCAUUUAAAACGCCACCUUGAGGGUGUCCACAGUCGUAAAGAAUGCCGCUGCUGCUUACAGACAUUCCCAGUGGGGGUUGAGUUUAAUGGUCAUGUAUUGAGUUGUGGUCAAAAUACUGGAGACAAAUAA